AUGAAAAAAGGAUAUACAUCAAAAGUACAAUAUCCAUUGUUUGAAAACCUUCCCAAUUUAAAGGAGUUAUCUUUGGAUUUGAUUGGUGAUCCUGGUUUUGACAAAUGUGGGUUCGAAAAACUACAAAAUAUAACUAAAAUCGUCUUUGAAAACUGUGAUUUAAGAUUGAUAUUGAACAACACAUUUUCAAUGCUACCAGAAAAUUUGGAAGAAAUUCAUUUGAGAAAAUGUAAUAUGAUUCGCAGUAUUGAAGCUGACGCCUUCCGAUCAUUACGAAAUUUGAAAACAUUAGUUAUACAUCAUUCAAACAUGACAUUGGAAUCUGCCUUAAAAUUAUUGUAUCCAUUUGAAAAUAAGCACAUGCACAUGAUUCAGUUCACAAGGGUUAAUCCAGGGUACAAAUGUCCCAUAGAAACGCCAUCUGCAGUUAUACUAACAAGACAAAUGAUGCAGCAUUUGCAGAAAAUUUGUUUCAAUACGUUAGUUUUGACAGAGAAUGGGAUUGUUGAUUUUGAACCCAAGUCGUUGUUGUGGAACCGAUACCCAGAAUGCAUACAAAACAUAGAAUUGUCAGGUAACAGGUUUUCUCUGAUCAACGGAUUCAAACUGACAGAGUUAUGGGAUAUUAGUAGAAAGCUUACCAACCUGAUAUCUUUUGACAUGUCUUAUAAUCCUCUUUCGUACAGAAAUGUUGGACAAAACAUUAAAAAUCUUCCUGACAAUCAGUUAUCGAACUUUAAUUCAAUUUUUUGGAAAAAUACAGAAAUUAACAAGCCUCUGUGUCUACAAAAACGAAAUUCUAUUACACCAACAACGGAAUCUCCUGUACAGACUGUAUACCUUCCGCUUCCCCCAAACUUGAGACAAAUACGACACAGAUACUACCUUGCAAAUCAACAACUUAGGAACAAAAUAGUAUUUCUGAAUGCUUCAAAUCUGACAUAUUUAGAUGUGGCAUACGUCAAUAUAAGAAAUUUUCCUGAAAUUGAAUUAAAAGGUGAAAAUAACAUCAAGUAUAUAGAUUUUUCUGGAAUUCCGUCUUGGAACACUUCAAUGUCGUUAUUUGCAAAUUCGACAACCGUGAUUCUUCGUUUUACUGGGAUAUGGCAGACUGUUCAACAUACCCGACACUAUUUUAGUUUCAUUCCAGAAGUAGAAGAAUUAGACAUAUCUGGUAACCAGUUAUGGCAACUUAGAUACGAUACCUUCUUUUAUAACCAAAAAUUAAGAAAACUUAUAAUGCAGGGCAAUUUAUUUGAUGAGUUACCGACGGCUUUAAUGCCACUAGAGAAAUUAAAUUUUCUUGUUUUUUCGGGAAAUAUUUUAGAUUCGAUAAACGCAACUAUGAGAAACUGGCUUGAUAAACAACAGAAAAAGAAUGGGACUUUCAAGCUAUUUCUGAUAGGAAACGUAUUCAAGUGUACCUGCGGAACAAAAGAUUUCAUUCGAUGGUUAUUUGAAACUAAUAUUGAAUUUGAUGAACCAAACAAAGAAUAUAAAUGCAUGUUGACAUAUUGCUCAAUAGAUUUUGCGGAAAAGGUAGUUGUAGCAGCAAAUGCUGAGAAUGUUCUGUGUUAUCCACCAUAUGAUGAUGUUUCAAGUUGA